AUGGAGGCGAAAGGCAGAAACAUGCCGCCAGAUAUCAGUUUCCUUCCUCGCCCGGCGAUGGUGUGGUGCGAGCGGGGCAUCCAGGUGCUGCUGACCACCAUGGGGGCGUUCGCGGCCUUCGCCCUCAUGACGGUGGCCAUCGGCACGGACUACUGGCUGUACGCCCGCGCCUUCAUCUGCAACAGCACGGCCAACUCGUCCCAGGACGACUCCAACAACAAGGACAAGAAGGACCCCGGGGCGCUCACCCACUCCGGCCUCUGGAGGAUCUGCUGCCUGGAAGGCUUGAAGCGAGGUGUGUGUUCCCAGAUCAAUCAUUUCCCAGACGACGCAGACUACGACCAAGAUUCUGCAGAGUAUCUGCUGCGUGUGGUCCGAGCCUCCAGCAUCUUCCCCAUCCUCAGCGCCAUCCUGCUCCUGCUGGGCGGCGUGUGCGUCGCCUCCAGCAGCUUCUACAAGAGCAAGAGGAACAUAGUUCUCGGCGGAGGGAUUCUCUUCGUGGCUGCGGGCCUCAGUAACAUCAUCGGGGUAAUCGUGUACAUCUCGGCGGCCCUGAGCGACAUCUCCCCCAAGAAGGACGAGGACAAGAAGUGGCACUACUCCUACGGCUGGUCAUUCUACUUCGGCGGCCUGUCCUUCAUCCUGGCCGAGAUGGUGGGCGUCCUCGCCGUCAACAUCUACAUCGAGAAGAACAAGGAGCUGCGCUGCCGUUCUCGCGCCGACCUCUUCAAGAGCACCACGCACGCCGUGCUGCGGCUGCCCAGCUACCGCUUCCGGCGACGCUCGCGCUCCAGCUCGCGCUCCACCGACCCGCCGCACUCGCAGGAGGCCUCACCCAUCGGCACGUCCAAGACCUUUAGCCUGCCGCCGUCCGCUCCACCCUUCUCCGUGGCCACCCUGCCCAACCCGCACCACGGCAGCAGCGGCGGGAGCGGCGGAGGAGGAGGAGGUGGCGACAUCUCCAUGUACACCCUGACGAGGGACUCCAAGCUGGGCAGCCUCGGAGGCGGCGCCCCGCCUCUCUACGGCACCGUGGACCGCGCCACGCUGUACCAGCUCCACAACUACUUCCCAAAGGAGUCCAGCGGCGGCAGCGGAGGAGGAGGAAGCGGGGGAGCGGUGAUAAACAGCGGCACACUCCCAUCUCACUCCAAGUCCAACUUGGCGGCGGCGGCGGUGGCCGUAGCCCAGAAUGCAGCGCCGUUGAAUACCUCCGCGUCAGCCGCCGUGCCUGCCCAGCCGGCUCCGAUAUCUACAGCCACCAUGGAGAGGGACCGGGGGAACAUGGGAACCCUGGACCGCCUGACGGCCAAAAGGGACCGGGACAGCAACUCAGAUACUCUGAACAGGAAAACUACGCCAGUUUAA